AUGCUGCCUAUUCUUCUUCCGAUGAUCUUUUCUUUGGUUUCUUCUUCUGAUUGGGUUCGAACUGAGUCGCAAGAGCGCGUAUAUCAUAAGAAUUUGAAUGCUACAGAAUCUAUGGAAUACGACGUUCACAUUGUUAUGAAGCAGUCGCCCCCAGGCGAUCAGUCUGGCUCUUGUGUUCAGCUGAGCCUAGGACAUUCCGAGCCGGAAUGUGGGAUUGGAGUUUGUUUUACGCCCGAAAAUGGAAACACAACAAAGAUGCAGUUAUUGAGAGGUGGUAAGUCAACACUCAAACGAUUGUUCAAUUCUUAACAGCCUUUUUAAAAAAUAUUGUACCGAAAAAUUCGGUUAUCUUUGUCAAUUUUUUCGUUCUUACAAUCUCAAUAAACUGUACGCUAAAGACUCUACCAGAAAGUUUAUUGAUUUUGUCAUUUUUUUCAGGAAAAAUUGGUCUAACCGAUUCUCACAAAGGAAAACUUGAGAAUGUAAAGUUCACAUUGACGCGGGCCGUGACUUUAAUGACCGUAGGAGAGAAGACCGUUUUCCUGCCCGACUGUUCUUUAAAUGAGGUGAAUUAUACAGGAGAAACUUUGAAUAUUUCAUUGGGAUUCCAACAAAAAGCAGAGGGAAAUGUGAACGAAAGAUUCGGAAGCCCAUGGUGGCACACUUUUCAGUUGGUAGGUCUUUCUUAAGAAAUAAUUUUAUUUUGAUUUUUGCCGACAGAAAUGCUGGAGUUUUCAUUAAAUUUUGCAGGCAUAGUCUAACUAGGUCGUAGAUUUUUGUGUCAUUGAAAACGUUUUUCAGGUAAUUUUGUUUCUACAAAAGCUUUUUUUCUCAUUGUUGACAACAAGAUCAUGGGAAAACCGAAAUUUUGACCAUAAAUAUUAGAAAGUAUCAAAAAAAUUUGCAAAUAUUUGAGGACUUCUGAUCUAAAGUUGACCAAGUUUCUUCGAAACCUCGAGGAAUUUCAUCCAAACUUAAUUUUUUGUUAUCUUCCAAUAUUUGAAAAUUUUAUUUCAGGUCGAGAUCAAGCCAAUGGACAACAAGACUCAAGCAGAAUUAGAAGAAAUUUUGAAAAAAACGAGAAAGGAAAAGAAGCAGGCUUUCUUCGGGAUGUUUAAAAAUCUAUCAAUAAUGAUUGGCGUCUUGUAAGUUUGAAAUUAUUUGAUGUAAUUACAGCCAGGUGCGACCUUCUGGCUGUGAGCAAAACUUGGUAUAAAUUUAAACUGAUUACAAAAGUAAUAUUUGUCAUUUAUUUUCAGUGUCAUCCUGACUGCAAUUGGAUCAAUUUUAGCAAUUAUAUCCCUUACUUUGGUCGUUGUUCACAUUCAAAGAAUCAAAAGAGAAGAUGAUGAGGAAUUGCAGAUGGAUGGCCAGAUGUAUCAAGAAAUGACGGCCUUGGAGACGUUGGUCAAAGGCAAUGCGAAGGAAUCCGAUUAUCAAGUGAAACCUCAGUCGCCUGCGACAACUCCAAAUAAAAAGUAA